CCUGCGCAGUAGGGAGCUGCUCGCGGCUCCCGUUCGGCCUUGGGCUGACUGCAGUCUCAGUGUGAGGGCGGCCGAAGUGGCUGGCUCGUUUAAGAUGAGACUUCUGCUGCUUCUCCUGGUGGCGGCGUCGGCGGUGGUCCGGAGCGAUGCCUCGGCCAACCUGGGCGGCGUGCCUAGCAAGAGAUUAAAGAUGCAGUACGCCACGGGGCCGCUGCUCAAGUUCCAGAUUUGUGUUUCCUGAGGCUAUAGGCGGGUGUUUGAGGAGUACAUGCGGGUUAUUAGCCAGCGGUACCCAGACAUCCGCAUUGAAGGAGAGAAUUACCUCCCUCAACCAAUAUAUAGACACAUAGCAUCUUUCCUGUCAGUCUUCAAACUAGUAUUAAUAGGCUUAAUAAUUGUUGGCAAGGAUCCUUUUGCUUUCUUCGGCAUGCAAGCUCCUAGCAUCUGGCAGUGGGGCCAAGAAAAUAAGGUCUAUGCAUGUAUGAUGGUCUUCUUCUUGAGCAACAUGAUUGAGAACCAGUGUAUGUCAACGGGUGCAUUUGAGAUAACUUUGAAUGAUGUUCCUGUGUGGUCUAAGCUGGAAUCUGGUCACCUUCCAUCCAUGCAACAGCUUGUUCAAAUUCUUGACAAUGAAAUGAAGCUCAAUGUGCAUAUGGAUUCAAUCCCACAUCAUCGAUCAUAGCCCCACCUAUCAGCACUGAAAACUCUUUUACAUUAAGGGAUUUUUACAAGAGCAGCGUGACUGACAUUAUGAAGGCCUGUACUGAAGACAGCAAGCUGUUAGUACAGACCAGAUGCUUUCUUGGCAGGCUCGUUGUACCUCUUGGAAAACCUCAAUGCAAGACAGUUUUUCAGUGCUGGCACAUUUUUGAAUUCUGCACAUUCGUGGAGUGCAAUAAUACUGUAUAGCUUUUUUCUUCCCCAAAUCUACUCAGUUAAUAGUUUUUAAAAAAAUGCAGACAUUACCAUUUGUACCUUUUUUUUCUUGGUCAUAUUUGAAAAAGUAGAAAAUUGAGUUGCAAUUUGAUUUUUUUUCCAAAGAUGUCUGUUAAAUCUGUUGUGAUUUUAUAUGAAUUUUCCUUUUUUAUAGUUUAACAUUGAUCUUUUUAGGACUGUAGCCGAAGUUCCAAAUACUUUAUAAGAGUUUAUCAGACAUCUCUAAUUUGGUCAUAUCCAAUUUAUAUAGUUUUCAAAAUACUGCAGGUUGUGAACAGGGCAUCAUAUAAGAUUAUGGGGGUAAAUCCUAUAUCCAGAGUACUCUACCAAUUUGUGUGUAUGUGUGUGUGUGUGCGUGUGUGAUUACCAGAGAACUACUAAAAGACCAACUGCUUUUUAAAUCCUGUUAUGUAGUUCAAGUGUCUUGCCUUGACCAAUUUAAUGAAUUGAUUAACUGGGCCUUUAUACUUAACUCAAUAAAAAACUAAGCAGAUGUAAGCUAAAUAAAAAGUCUGAAUUUACUGCCCAGCGUACCUGUUAACGUUAUAUUUAACAGUUGUCUGCCUAAAUUUUUGCUUUUGACUCACAGAUAAUUUCCUAGGGGAUAUACUUUAGAUUCACACACAAAUAAUAGAUCAUUUACCAUUAUUAGGAUAAUUGAAACUUGCCUAACUAAAGAAAGUUUAGUUGAACCUCUUUACAACAUUAAUAUUAGGUGAAUGGAUAUCACUUGUCUAAUAAUUUAACUUGUCUAACAUCAUAUAUCAGAAUUUUAUUAUAUUUGAGAAACAAAAUUGAAAAGUUUUUUAUUCAGUGAAUUUAAUAUCUUUCCAGAGUUCUAAAAAGAUAGGUUUUUUUAAACUUAAAUUGAUAAAGGCUAUAAGAGUAAGUUAGCAGAAAUAGGACCAUAAUGUAGAAAAAUAGUCAUACAGCAAGUCAUAAUGUACUUCAGCUUCCUUAUAGGAAUAAAAGUGGUAGGUCUAGAUUUGUUAGUGGAAGUAAAGGGACUUGAGGAAAAGUUAGACAAUUCAACACUGGACUCACCAGACACUUAGCACAACCUUAUACUUCAUUUGUCUGUGAAUAUUUGUUGAAAUGCAUGUCUGGUAAUAAUCAUGAUUGUGACAGCCUCAAGAUGAAACAUACUGUAGUCUCUAGCUGAAAAAGAAGUUAGCCUAAUAAUUCACUGCAGAAAAUUGAUUAAAUGCUUUAUCCUUUUAAUUAAGGCUGCAGAACUAUUAACCUAAGAUCAUACAGAGGCAAAAGUCAAUACAAUUUAAGCUGGAGGUUACUUAGAAGUUAUUAGUCAAGUGUAAUAUUUUGUUAUCUUUGACUAAGGUUUAAAACCUUGUUAACUUGAUUUGUACCAGCCGAAACUUUUGCAAGUUGAACACACUGCUGAGUGUGUGUAGGGUCUUUCUUCAGUGACAGACAUUCCAGUAGUGACAUUUAGACCUUCCAAACUUGAGCUUUGGAUAUUCCCAUGCAUCUGGCAGGCCAACCAUGAGACUCUAAGAUUUAAUUCUAACAUUUUCCAUGUUUGCUUUGGGUAAAUAACUUGUCUUUUGGAGAAUAGCUUUAAGUGGCUUGGUCACUGAUAAAACUCAACUAUUUUGUUGACAACCAUUUCAAUAUUAUUUUAUCUUUGGCCAUAUUUAAAUCUAAGAUUUAAUAGAGCAGUGAAAAAAUUAAUAAGAAGUGUGAAUACAAAAAAAUAUGGAAAAAAGGAAAGUUGGAAUGUGGCUCCAUUCCUAAUAUUUCAAAAUUUAUUACAUAGUUGCUUACAAAUUGGUGUGGUUGUGUCGUUUAUAAAUGUACUCUGUUAGAGGACCACAGAACAUGACAGCAGGUUGGCUAAUGUUAUUGGGGUUUUUACCAUAGUUGCUAUGAAAGACAUUUGUUAGAUUAAUUUUAAAAAUGUUGGCAAAAUAUGGCUUUAUACCUCAUCAAAAUGUGCAGGAUAAAUAUGCUUUCAAAAUGUACAUGCAUUGUUUACUUAUGGCACUAAGAUUAAUAACAACAGUUGAUCAGUCUUUACCACUUUCAAAAUAUGACAGGAUCCCAAUGAUGAUUCUUAUUUUGAAUGUUAUUAGUUUGGGGACUUGAUUGGUUGGCAUUUUAUCAUUGUCAUAAUUUUAACUAAUUAGAUUUUUAAAAACAGCAUACACAAUUUUAAAGCAUGAGUUGAUAUUUAAUAUUGAGACUUAAAAAAUCAAUUGAGAGAAACAAGAGGAAUUGUAAAGUUUGGGAGCUUACCUCUAUAGCUUUGUGAAAAUAAACUUUGAUUACACUGAUG